GUCCGCCGAUCCGACCGGGUCUUCUCCAAAAGGUGCGAGGUGCGUCUCCCAGUUCGGAGACCAGAAAUCUCGCGUCAGAGAAAUCACACAGAGAUUUUGUCGAAAAAAAACAUAGUGCCGAACGUGUUGUGCAAAUUGAAAAAUACUUUAAUUUUUCUUUUUCUUUUUUUACUCAGUAGAAGUAUACGAUAGACCACCGUGAUGCAGCGCGACCUCGGCCGACAAGGUGUCUGAAGGAUAUCCCCGCAGGACCUCUCCUGUCUCUUUCUCUCUAUUUCGCCCUCGCCUUUCGUUUUGCGCUUGGAUACGGUAGGUCCUGUUCGGAGGCUACCAGGAUGCGGUUCAGACCCAGUUAUCGAGGCGUCUGAAGGCACCCCGCGGCCCCGUAUACUCGUCAUAAAGCAAUAAAAGCGCCCGCGCCACGAAGAUAUAUCUCGCGAGGCCCGCGUAAGAAACGGCGAAAGAAAGCCGACUGCACCGGUAAAUCAUAAACGCCACGGGGAUCGAACCGCGGGAGAUAACUGCCUUCACGUAAGGAGAGAAGGACGGAGCAGACGCACGAAGAGACGGCGAGAGAAAGAGAAGAGCUGCGGCUCGCGGUGAGCCGAGCGCGGGAUUCAUCGUUCGAUCGCGCGUCCAUCGGGAUCCAUCUGUAUCCAUCCUCGAACGGCCUCGGCAGCGCUCGAAAACCCUAAGCCCGGAAGAGGAACUUCGCCGUUGUUCAUCAUCAUCGGGAAACAGGACGUCCGGAAGAUACCUCGGCUGUGCAGCGAGAAACGGUCUUCUUCCCGCACGUUUCUUCCCCGCCGGGGUGUAGCGAAAAUAUCGUCGAUAGAUCCUGACGAUUUUUUUCUUUGGAAAAAGAUACGUAGUCCAUAUGUGCGUAGACGUUCUUCGCCGUUCUCUCUCGCCAGUGAUCAUCGGAGGAUACCGUCGGUGAAUCGUGAUAGCACACGAUCAUCUCCGCCGAUUUCGGCCUCGCCGUUCAGAAAUAAGAGAUGCGUUUGCUCGAAACGGUGUUUAUCUCCGUCGGGAAUAUUCUAACCGUAGAUAGCGAUAGUUCGCCGUGACGCGCGCAGGCGCGCUACCGCUCGAUCGGUGCCGAGAGAGGAGAUCGAUCCGCUUCGAGAAGUGUGAUAAGUGUAACGCGCGGAAAGUAGUAGACUCGCGAGCAGAGGCCGACGCCAAUCGCUCUGACGGCGUUCCGUCGAUGAACGAUCGACCUGUUCGACAGUGUUCGACGUUGUUUCGUGAUCCUCGAUCUCUCACUGCGCACUGUUGCCCCCGGGCAACAGUUCAGUGGCUAGUGGAACCGAGAGAGUUUCACGUUAUUAUUAUUUAACGUGUCGGGGGAUCAACGAGGCGAUCUUAAUAUAUCGUAUCGCAAAUCAAUUUCACGUCGUUCGACGAAUUGAGAAUCAAUCAUCUUUCUCGUCCAAAAGAAAUUUAAAAACAAUUCUUCACGUGACAUCUCAUUUCUCACGCGAGCUUGCGAAAGGAAUGCGAGUGGCGCCCGCAAAGCGUCGAAAAUAACUCAGCGCUGAGGGAAUUAAUGUCACUAUCAUCGCGCCGCGAGACGGAAAGUGACGGUCGCCGACCGCGGCGGAGUGACAUAAUUGAAGAAGAAAGUGCCAGCGCGGUCCGAGCCCGUUAUUAAGCGGUAAUGAGCGAGCGUCGGGAGAGGGGCAGAAAUGUGUUGGAGAGCAAGCGUCGAGCUCGCCCCGCUAGCGCGAGGAUUAAAUGACGCUACUCGAGCCAAGCGUCACCCUGAAGAAGAAGACUCUCGCUCUCGAAAAACAAGGAGUUUCACGUCACGUCGUCGUUUUGCAAUUUCAAUUCAAAUGUUCUGGUGAGACUAUAUCGAUGUUCCCGGGAAUCGUUCGCGAAACGUGAUGCAAUUCGAGAACGCGUGAGAUCAUGUCGUCGAACGGCGAAUUCUCGACGAUGUCCAGCGAGGAGGUGCCUUCGCUGCCUAAGUCCCUGCCGAGUUCGAGGGAGGCGACCGCGGAGGGUUGUUCCGGUUCCAGCGGUGGUUACAUGCCGCUACGGGAGUUUCUCGAUCGAUUUUCGUUGCCACGAGUUGUUCGUCUCGAGGGCACCGGCGGCAGACCGGUGCUGCUGUACAAGCAGCAACAGCGAUCGUUGAGAGUCACGGCCAGUUUGCUGAUACAUCGGUAUCGACAUGACGUCAAGGUGGGACCGGAGAUCGUCAUCCCGGAGGGUUACCCAGGGUGGUUUUCUGUGAUAUCCGGCAACAGUACGACGGGCAGUGCGCGCGUCUACCGAAGAGUGGACUCUCUGGUGAAGACCGGGGUGCCCGCGUUUCUGCUGGCGACACCUUUGAGGGCUUACACUCUGACGCACUCGAAAAUGGAGAACGGAAAUCUGCGAGCUCAUUACACGAAGACAACGAUCCGAGCCGGCGAGAUAUUGCGACUCGUGGCGGUUUUUCAAGAUACAAGAAGAUGCAGCUCGGUCUCCUUCGGGAUCUCCGGCGGAUGUCCCGAGAAGGAUCAAUACGCGCAAUGCAUAGAUCUUCAUGGACGCGAGGUGUUCGCCUCGCUGUCGACCAGGGGCGAAUUCUACGCGAUAUGUCAGAACGAAAGCGUCGACUCCGGCAGCGAUGCGGUGCUCUAUAAAGUUCACCAUCUCGCGAGACGACAAUUGCCACUUAGAGUGCGAUUGAUAGCGGGACCGUUGCCAAUACCUCUGCCGAAGGAAUAUGGCGGUUUAAUGCAGUUGGAAACGUCGACGCGGGGUCCGAUAGUGCUGGGCUGCGUCGUUCCGGAAAGGCCGGUACACAAUCCGGAAAUGCUCGAGUUAGUUGUGUCCGGUAACGGAGCGCCGAGGGUUCGAAGAGCCCGGUUGGGUUAUCCUUCGGAGGCGAGGCUGUUGGCCUCGCCAAAAAUACAACGGUUAUUAUCAGCCUGCAGCCGAGCGGUUGGAGAUCGCGCAACGGAACCGCGUGUGGCACCCGUAAAGCUGCACACGCCGAUCGGGGAAAAUCUACGAGAAAUGCAUCUGAAGAAGAUUUCUAAACCGAAGCCGGAGACCAAACCGAUUCUGCAGAGUCUAAAGGACGGGCUGGAACACCUGAAGCGCAACACCGCAAGAGAACGGAAUCAUCAACAGACGAAACAAAGUACCGGGAACGGCAUUCUGGAUAGGAUCACGAAACUCGCUCAGGGCAAUAGGAAUCGCAAUCCCGCAAAAAAGUCGGCCUCGUUCACGUUUGCGGUGAGGCCGGAGAUAGCCAUGAGAUCUCAGGAGCGCUACUGCAGUCUGGAACCGGAAACUACCUCUAAUCAGACCCAAAAGAAUCAAAACGCCAAGCAACCGGUGCAGAGAUCCGUGUCCACCAGCGUGUUGGAAAUACCGGCGUGCGUCGAGCUGCAGCCCAAUUAUUCCCGCGUUAGAGACAGUCUGACGCCGCUGCCGUCGCCACCGAAGCUGGUCAGAACCAGCAACAAAGGAGAGGAGAUUUAUGCCGAGAUCUGCGACACCGCGACGGCAAACCAGGCGCAGAAGUGUCCGGGAAGUCACGUUAUGGCGCGGAUCCGGAUCGUCGUGCAAGGCAGCGAUUCGUCCUUCGGGACGCGCAACGUGAUCGGCAACGAGAGAUAUGUGAACUCUAUGGUAACGAGCGAGCAGAUCGAUUCGAUCAUCAGCACAGAGGACGAAGUGAUUUAUAAUACCGUGUUUUGAUAAGUCGUUUCGCGCGCGCGAUUAGUGUGUACAAACUAAGUAUAUAUGAUGCUCAUGAUUAUGCGGUAAUAGGCGGAAAAAAAAAAUUGUAAUUCAAUUCUGGGCUCGGAGCAGCAAUAUGUGAAAAUCAUAAAAUGUAGACAAACCGGCUGUGUUCAUCGAUUGACUUUUCAUCCGCUGUUUCGAGAUGUAACAUAUUACGUAUAAAAACAUUAAAGAACAUGUACAAGCGUCCUUUUGUGAGGAAAGAAAACAAAAAAAAAAACUGUACAUAUACCUCUGCCAUACGUUAAUGUACUAACAAUUGCAAUGUAAGGAAAUGUAAGCAUCGUAGACAAAUACGUACUCUUAGAACGACAAACCGCUCAAAUUAAUAAUUAAAAAAAAAAAAAUGUAAGUGCAACUUGCGUCAAA